AUGGAUUGGCAACCAAACCCAGAGUCCCUGAGGACUCUCGCAGGAUGUCUCAAGAAUUCCUUGAGUGGCUUCGAUAAGACGGCACAAAAACAAGCUGAAAUCCUGUUGUCCCAAGCAAAAGCGAGCCCGGAUUUCAACAAUUACCUGGCCUACAUCUUCUCGAGUGCCAAUUCGCCCGCCGGUCUGGCGCUGGCCGCCAAUGACUGGCAUUUGGUCCGCUCGGCCGCCGCCAUCAUGCUCAAGAACAGCGUCAAGUCGAACUACAAGCAGAUCCCCGAGGGCAGCAUCGCGCUGAUCAAGCUCGCGGUCCCGAUGGGCGUGCAAGACGCCAAUUCGCAGAUUCGCAAUUAUGCUGGCAAUAUUGCGACCGAAAUGAUCCGCCGUGGUGGCCUCUACAGCUGGCCGGAGCUGUUGCAGGAGCUGUUGAAGCUGUUCAGCAACGAGACGGGUCAGGUAUCGAACGAGGCACAGGAGGGUGCUAUGGCGGCCAUGGCUAAGAUUUGCGAGGACAACACCAAGCUCCUAGAGCGGGAACAUAACGGCCAGCGGCCACUCAACAUCUUGCUCCCAAAGUUCAUCCAGGCGACCAAAAGCCCCUUGCCCAAGGUCCGCAUUCACGCACUCACGGCCAUCAAUGUUUUCACCCCCCGGAAAUCACAGGCAAUGCUCAACUCCAUCGACGACCUCCUGCAACACCUCUUUUAUCUUGCCGAGGACCCCGUGACCGAUGUUCGGCGCCAGGUCUGCCGCGCGUUUGUCCGCCUCGUCGAGACCCGCCCGGACAAGCUUUUGCCCCAUAUUAACGGGCUGGUCGAGUACAUCAUUUCGCAACAAAAAAGCGACGAUGAGGACCUUGCCUGCGAAGCCGCCGAGUUCUGGUUGUCGGUCGGUGAACACGACGAUCUGUACCAGAGCCUUGACCCGUACAUCCAAAAGAUCAUCCCGGUGUUGUUGGAAUGCAUGGUCUACAGCCCAGAGGACAUUGCCAUGCUGGGCGGGGAAUCGGACGACGAAGAUGAGGAGGACAGAGAGGAGGAUAUCAAGCCCCAGUUCGCCAAGAAGAACCUCAAGCGCGGCGCCAACACCGAGCCGUCAGAGGCGUCGGCCGAGGCAAACCAGAACGGGAACGCGUUUCAGAAACUGGCGAGCAUGGACGACGACUUGGAAGAGGGCGAGGUUGACGAGCUGGAUGAGGAGGGGGGCGACGAAAAUCCUGACGAGAAGUGGACGCUCCGCAAGUGUUCGGCGGCCGCCCUCGAUGUCUUCGCUACCGACUUUGGCGGUCCUGUGUUCACCUCCAUCCUGCCGUAUCUGCAGACCAAUUUGAAGCACCAAGACUGGCCGCAUCGUGAGGCUGCCGUCCUUGCGCUCGGCGCUGUCGCCGAGGGCUGCAUGGAUGUCGUGAUCCCCCAUCUACCCGAACUUAUUCCCUACCUUAUCAGCCUGCUAGACGACCCGGAGCCCGUCGUUCGGACCAUAACCUGCUGGACACUCGGGCGGUAUUCGGCCUGGGCGGCUAACCUGCAUGACCCGGCCCAAACACAGGCCUACUUCGUCCCCAUGAUGGACGGCAUCUUGAGGAAGAUGAUCGACAAGAACAAGAAGGUGCAGGAGGCCGGGGCCUCAGCUAUGGCGAACCUCGAAGAGAAGGCGGGGAAGCAUCUCGAACCUUUUUGCGUCCCCAUCAUCCAGCAGUACGUCCUAUGCUUCAGUAAGUAUAAGGACAAGAACAGAUGGGUCCUUUACGACUGUGUUCAGACGCUGGCUGAGCACAUCGGUCCCGUGCUGGCCCGCCCCUCACUUUGCAACCAGCUCAUGCCUGCCCUUAUCGACCGGUGGCAGAAGGUUCCGGAUCAGUCAAGAGAGAUGUUCCCGCUCCUAGAAUGUCUUUCAUACGUUGCCAUUGCCCUCGGCGACGCCUUCACCCCCUAUGCCGAACCCAUCUUUGGGCGUUGUGUCAACAUCAUCCACCAGAACCUGGAGCAGACCCAUGCUGCCAACAACAACCCCGCAUUCGACCAGCCCGAUAAGGACUUUUUGGUCACCAGCUUGGAUCUCCUGAGCGCCAUCAUCCAAGCCCUCGACAAUGACAAGGCCGUCAAGCUGGUCCAGAAUAGCCAGCCAGCCUUCUUUGAACUUCUUAGCUUCUGCAUGGAGGAUCCUGCCGAUGAGGUUCAACAAUCGGCUUACGCUCUUCUCGGCGACUGCUCCAAGUUUGUCUUUGACCAACUGAAGCCCUUCCUGCCCUCCAUCAUGCCGAUCCUGCUCAAGAGGCUAGAUCUCGACAACAUCCUCGACGAGGAGAUAGACGGCAGCUUCAGCGUCGUGAACAACGCUUGCUGGAGUGCCGGCGAGAUUGCGAUGCAGUACAAGAAGGAUAUGGCACCGUUCGUGCCGGAACUUCUUCAGCGCUGUGUCCAAAUCAUUUCCAACCCCGGCGUGCCUUACGGCGUCAACGAAAACGCGGCCAUUGCCCUCGGCAGGCUUGGCCUUGAACACUACGAGCUCCUCGCCCCGCAUCUGGCCAAAUUUUCGGAGGAAUUCCUCAGGGCGGUGGAGGAGAUCGAGCCGUCUGAGGAGAAGGCUACGGCGUUCAAGGGAUUCAGCAUGGUGGUGGCGCAGAACCCGCAGGCGAUGGAGAAGGACAUGCUGCGAUUCUUCACGGCGAUUGCGAGGUAUCAGGAUCUGAAGCUGCAGAGCCAGAUCAAGCAAGAGCUACACGAGGUCCUGCAGAACCCACAAGACCAACAGGCUUUGAAGGCUACCUAUGGCAUUUGA